AUGUGGGCUCCUCCUCAAAAAGGCUAUUACAAGCUGAACACAGAUGGUUCAUGGAUGAGCAUUGUCAAUGCAGCUUCUGCUGAACUCUUGGCAAUCAAGAUACGACUGCUAACUGGCCGGAACAAGAAAAUCAAGUUUCAGGAACUUGAAACAGAUGUUGAAGCCUUGACUAAAAUGCUGAAAGACCCAAAAUUAUGUGAAUAUCAUGAUUUGUGCAAUGUGAUAAGGGAAGUUGUUGCUCUUUUGGAGAGAGACUGGACUAUUAUAGUCUUUCAUGCAAACAGAACUGUAAACUUUGUUGUUGACAGGCUUGCAACAAUGGGAAGAACCAAGAUCAAGACUGGUGAAAGGGUUUCCUUCAAAUAUCCUCCUGCUGAAAUCUUUGAGACUUAUGCCUCUGAGAUUCUGGAUGUGCGUGCACCUUUGAGACUUAUGCCUUUGAGAUUCUGGAUGUGCCUGCACCUUUAG